AUGGCAGCACCAAAACAACCGAGAAAAAUAAUAUCGGGCAGCAGUUACGCUAAUGUAGCCAAGAGCUUAAGAAUAGCAAUUCUUCCGAAAUCUUACCCGGAAUCUACUCUUUCUAGGGAGGAGCAAGGUAAAAUCGAGGAACUUCUCAUUGAGGAGAUGUAUAAAGGAUGGGAUGCCAAGCUACGAUUUAGCGGGAUACACUUUCGCCCAGGACUUAUACUGGUUGACUGCGUAGACGAGGAUGCGGCUAAUUUUAUCCAUGGAACGGCACCUAAGCUGAACGGAUGGGAAGGCGCUGAACUCACCACGUGUGUCGGGGACAAGAUACCGAAAUUACACAUGUUGACAGUCUACCUCCCAAGAGCUAAAGGGGUCGACACGGAAAAGCUGCUAAAACUGCUCAUAACUCAAAAUGAGGGUCUACAUACUCAGAUGUGGAGAGUUUUUAGCAGCAAGGAUCUGAAAAAUGGCAAACUCCUAACAAUCGGGAUUGACAACCGGUCUCAGGAAGCCAUAACAAACAACGGCUGUAGGAUCUUCUACAGAUUUAGUUCCGUCCCAAUUCACCUGCAUAAAGGACGAGACAACAAGGAAAGAAGUAACUCAGCUGGGGAAAAUACACCAGCUGUAGGAACGAUACCUGCAACUGUUGCGGAACUAGUGGAGGAGGAGGCGACCAGGAGCGAGAAGAUUGAAGAUAUCAGCGUGCUACCUCACGAGAGUGAGGACAUUGAGAAUCUAGAUCUCUCUCUACUGAACUUGGCGUCCGAGGAAGACUCCGAAAGAAUCUUUCUGUCAGACAUCGACGACGGUCUGAUAGAAGAAACGAAGGAGGAAUAA